CGUAACUUUUGACCUCGUUGCUUUCCCAUUCAUCCCCGCGGUUUCUCCGCUGCCUUUCUCCCUUCUUUCCAUUACUCUUUUCAUAGCCUCCAACAUCUAAACCCUUCUCUCCACUCUUCUAGCCAUCCAAAAUGGAGCAUUCUCUUCCGACUGAGGACAACCCCGACGCUCCCUUCCCCUAUCCCACUCCCCCAUCGGAUACAAGAAGCCCCGCCGGCGAUGCUGCCGGCGCCGACCAGACCGCCGAGCAGAUGGGCCCUCACGGGGCCCUUUUCUUGGUGCUGUGAUACCUCCGGUUGCCUGAGCUCUUGGUGUUGCAGGGGGUGUGCAGGCGGUUCAGGGAUGCGAUCACUGGCGACGGGCUUCUGUGGCAGCACGCCGCCGUCGAGCCGCGCGGCAAAGUUGAAGUCUUUGUCUCCGUUAGAUUGCUGGAAGAUCACCGAUGCCGGGCUCCUGCAGGUCGCCGAUCGGAAUCCCGGCAUCACCAAGCUCUAUGGACCUGGAUGCAUAUACUCAACUGCUGAUGGUGUCACGAAAGUAGUGAAGCAACUUUUUGAGUGCAAGGGCAAUCUAAAGCAUCUUCAUCUCCAUGGUCUCUGCCGCAUAUCAAAAGAGCAUCCUGAUGUCCUCAACUCUUUUUUGUGCAAAAACGAUCCACAACAAAUUUCACGACCAUCUUUCUACAGGUACAGGCAUUCUCUCUCAAUGAAUCAACCAACUGCCUUACGUUGGGAUCACAUAACUGAUUUCGGCUGCAUAAACUCCAGCUUAUGUAAUUAUUUAAUAUCUGAAAUUGAUGAGUUGGCUGUUGAACACUAAAUCACAGUAGUGAAAGAAAUGAAGUGCCAGAGAUUUUUCCAGA